UCUGUCGUCUCUCUCCCUCCUGUCUGGCUCUCCACUUUACACUGCAGCCAAUUCCUCAAAUUCCAGCCUUCUUCCCGCUUCCAGGCACUCAGGCAGAGAUUUCCCACUCAAAACACGACAUGUACCUCACUGUUCCCUCAGACAGAAUUUAGUCUCUGUCUCGCUUCAAGACUGGCGCAGCCCCUCAUUUUCCCACCACAGCCAAUCCCAGAUCCUCUGCACCCCAAUCAGUAUCCGCUAAGGCAUCUUGCGCUCUCCUUUCACCACCCUGUCGUCCGAGUGGAUAUCAGCGCCCUCCCCAGGGGGCGCUAGCGAAGAGCUGAAUGAGGGAUUGGAUAAGCCACUAGAGAACGAUGCAGAAGGCGUGUGGAGUCCAGACAUCGAGCAGAGCUUUCAGGAGGCGCUGGCGAUCUAUCCGCCCUGCGGACGACGGAAGAUUAUCCUCUCCGACGAGGGCAAGAUGUACGGACGGAACGAGCUGAUUGCGCGGUACAUCAAGCUUCGAACAGGGAAGACACGAACAAGGAAACAGGUGUCCAGUCACAUUCAGGUGUUGGCGCGACGAAAAGCUCGGGAAAUCCAGGUGAAACUCAAGGACCAGGUGGCUAAAGACAAAGCUUUGCAGAGUAUGUCCACCAUGUCAUCGGCCCAGAUCAUCUCCACCACAGCCUUUCAGAACAAGAUGGCUCUGCAUGGGCUCUCGCGGCAGGCCUACCCGACAGCUGGUGGGUUUUGGCACGGAGCUCUCGCAGGACAAGCUGGUCAUGAAGAUAUCAAGCCCUUUUCCCAACCGAACUUUGUCAUGCAAGCCACCGGCCCGCCAUCUAUAACAGGUUACGAGAGCGCAACAGGUCUUUCCAUGACCUCAAAUGCUCCCCCCUGGCAGGGUCGAAGUAUCGCCAGCUCUAAACUGCGCCUGUUGGAGUUCUCUGCUUUUCUAGAGCAACCUCAGGAUCCUGACACUGUCAACAAACAUCUGUUUGUCCACAUUGGUCAGUCCAACCCUACGUAUAGUGAUCCGUAUUUGGAGGCCGUGGACAUACGGCAAAUUUAUGACAAAUUCCCAGAGAAGAAAGGAGGGUUGAAGGAGCUGUUCGAGAAGGGACCGGUGAACACUUUCUUUCUCGUAAAGUUCUGGGCAGAUCUUAGUAUUAACCUCCAGGACGACAGCAGUUUUUUCUAUGGCGUAUCAAGUCAGUACGAGAGCACAGAGAACAUGGUCAUCACCUCUUCUACUAAGGUCUGCUCGUUUGGGAAACAAGUGGUUGAAAAGGUGGAGACGGAGUACGCUCGGUUUGAGAAUGGGAGAUAUGUGUUUAGGAUUCAUCGAUCGCCGCUGUGCGAAUACAUGAUCAACUUCAUUCACAAACUCAAACAUCUACCAGAGAAAUACAUGAUGAACAGCGUACUUGAAAACUUCACGAUUCUCCAGGUGGUAACCAACAGAGACACUCUAGAAACCCUGCUAUGCAUCGCUUACGUAUUUGAAGUGUCAACCAGUGAGCAUGGAGCACAGCAUCAUAUCUACAGACUACUCAAAGACUGAAACUCAAACCACUAUGGCAGGUCAAAGCCUGACCUUACCGAUACAGAUGCCAUUUAUCCAAUGCCACAGCGCCCCCUAUUGGCCUCAGCCAGACCUACCUGUGGUUCUGCCAGGGUUGAUGGUGGGCAUGGAUGCAAAAGACUUUCUAGUAUUACUGUUCUGAGGCACAAGCAGAAAAGCCUUCGCAACUGGAAUCUUCCGGAAUCGGAAAUCUGAAUGAUUAAAUUUUUGUAUAAUGGAACUGUAAUAGAAGGACAAUGCAUGAGAAAGUUCAUUUGUUUUCAUUAAUUCAUCUCAUUUUAGCCAAAAGUGUUUGUGUUAUGUGUUUGUGAAAACAGUUGCGUGCACUACACAAAAUCACUUUAUAAAUCUUGUUUUCCUGUAACAAUAUCUACACAUUCUUAAAAUAAGUUUAGUUUUAGAAGGGUGUUCAGCACUUUUUUAGCUGGUCAGGAUGGCAGACCAUCUUAUUAAACCAGCUUAAACCGGCUUAUACUAGUUUUAGCUGAUGUUGUUUUUGUUUAGUUUAUUCAGCAGGGUUAAGUCUUGUCUUACGUAAUUUUGUGGUCAAGGACAUUUAUCUGGAUUUAGGCACGUUUUGUUAUUUUUACAGGAAAACAAGACAAAAUACUAAUUAAAAAAUAUGUUUUUUUGCGGUGUGGAAAGAACUAGGGAGUGUCGUCACAUACCUGUUAUUCGAUUUUUAACGAAACAAAAUGGACGUCCUUUUUUCUGGUUCUUUCGGUCACAUUUCCUCAGAUGUCAAGACAAACAUAAAGUCAAAUAACAGAUUCAAACACUGAAUGUGAAGUGUGCAGAUUUACAACAUUGUAUUUGAUAAGCGAUAUUCACGGAUGUCGAACGCAAUUUAAAACAGUCGAAUAUUAAAUGGAUUUAAAGGAACAAAAAGGUGUCAAAUAACCGGUUUCAAAUUUGGAAUAAAGAGCGUGUGUUAUCCUUGAAACCGGGUUUAAGCUGUUCUUGUUGGACUCCUGCUGCUUAUUUUUGUUUUGUUUAAUUUCUAAUUGAUGAAGAUUCUAGUUGGCGCGAGACUGUGUGACGUCAUUAAGCCGUUUAAAGCGGAGUCUGCGCCAGCGCGUGGUUGGACGUGAUUUUAUUACAAUGAGGAUAUGAAAUGAUUAAUAUUUUGACACUUAAUGUGGUAUUGCAUUAUUUUCUAAUUAUCUUGUCUUACUUCGCUCUGACAGGUCAAGUUGCUCAUUAGUUUUGACCAUCCACAUGAAUAACCCAAGAAAAAGAAUCAAUGCAGAAAUCUGUGAAGUCACAAAUUAAGACAUCGAUAUUCUCAAUAAUCCCUGAUGGCACACGUUCAUCACCCACACGUCUAUCCGAUGUGUGUGUUUACACCUGAAAGACUUUUAACCUUGUUUGCUCAUCUGCAAUAUGUCAAUGAAACGUUUCCUCUCGGAUGUCUUUAGACCUUAUUCACACAAGCGCCAUCUUUGAUUUUUAAUGGGAAUGAGGCUGUGAGGGAACGCGCGCGGAAUAAAUCUGUAAAAAGCUCCUAGAUCACAUCUGUUCUCCAUAACGCAUGCUGUGAGAUUUUUUAGAAAGAUGUUUUUUCUCUCUCCAAUAUUUUUCCGUGGAACGAUCCAAAAACACUUUAACCCCUUUGCGUCAAAAAAAAAAAAAAAAAAAAUCAAAUUAAAACAAUUACUCGCAGGACAAAAAUGUCUGUGUCAAAAACUGCCAUAAUUAUAUUAUAUAUUAAUUUAUUUUGUUUAGUUUAUAUAAUAAUGAUGAAUUUAUGAGAAAAAAAAACACAAGCAUUUAUUAUUUUCAAUAUUCUGAAUGCUAAGGGUUUUUUUCUUUUGGAUGAUCACAGUCUGUUAUUAUUCAAUUAUUAUAGUCAAUUAUUAGCAACAAUAUUGAUUUUGAUGCAUUAUUAUUUUUUGUGCAGUGUCAGAUUAAAAAAGAAGAAACACACAUUCACAACAUCAGAGGACAAAAUUGUCCUUGUCAAAAAACUGCCAUAAAAAUAUUAUAUAUUAAUAUUAUUUUACACUUUCAAUGAGUUAGAUUAACAUCAUGAUCAUAACUAUCAAAUAUUCAUUUUCAGGAUUUUAACCCUUUUAAUACCAGUUUGUUUAUAUAAUAACACUGUUGUUUUUUACACACACACACACACACACACACACACACACACACACACACACACACACACACACACACACACACAUACACACACACACACACACACACACACACACACACACACACACACACACACUUGUUGUGUUUCCAUGUUUUAUGGGGACUUUCCAUAGACAUAAUGGUUUUUAUACUGUACAAACUUUAUAUUCUAUC